UGUUAAAACACUUCUGUAAUGAGCGUUCAAGCUAAAUUGGCUGCAAUACCUGAUGUAAAAAUUGAAACAGGAACUUUUAAAUACAUUCAAAUUAAAGUCAGCUGUAAAGGUUCGGAAAAAAUAAUAAUUUGUGGUUUGGUGGAAGCGGAAUACCACGCGGACAUUUUUGACGAAGAAAGUCCGAAAAUUGAAGCUUUGGGUUUCGAUACCAUUUGCAUUGGUGGUGGUCGAAUAAAGCACGAACCAAGCAGUAAAAAGAUCGUUGUUUAUGGAUAUUCUGUUGGCUUUGGUAGAGCUGAACAUAGCAUAACAGUUGACAAGUUAAAACAACAUUAUCCAGGCUACAAUAUCACCUGGUCUAAUGAAGGCUAUUAAUUAUAUGAUUUAGGUAACCUUUUCGGGAAAUCAUGAAGAUUGUAUUAAUGCGAGCUUCAACUGGCUGUAAUGAUGAGUAUGUUAAUACUCUCAACAAAAUUGGUGAUGUAACUUCUAUUCCAGUUCUUUCUUUUAACUUCUGUAAUUGUGACUUAAUUAAAGAUGCAAUUUCAGCACCAGAUUCUUGGUCUGGAAUCAUAUUUACAAGCAAGCGAUCUGUUGAAGCUGUACAGCUGUCUCUGGAUACACCACUGUCUGAAUUAUGGGCUUCAAAACCUUGUUAUGCUGUGGGAGAAUCUACUGCAAAGAUGGCUGAGAAUUUAGGAUUUAUCAGCAAAGGUGGGAACAGUGGAAAUGCUCAAGUGCUUGCGGAACUAAUUGUCCAAGAGCAGAAGUUAGUAAACAAUCAACCACUAUUGUUUAUAUGUGGACAGUUAAAAAGGGAAACUCUUCCAUCUGUUUUGACCUGCAAUGAAAUACCAUUCCACACCAUAACAGCAUACGAAACUGUUAAGAAUCCAGUCGUUGAUGAAGCAGUUCAAAGUUAUGUUGAAGUGAAUGGCUCACCAGAUUUUAUUACCUUUUUCAGUCCAUCAGGUCAUCGGUUCUGCUUUAACACAUGGCAAUCUGCCCUGAAGGGAGACUUCUCUGCAACAAAAAUCGUUGCAAUUGGUGAAACAACUGCACAUUCAUUUGCAAGCCAACCAGAUAUAAGUGUAGUAACUGCAGAAAGGCCAAACCCAGAAAGUCUAUUUAAAAUCAUAAAAGCAAAUUGUGAAAGCUCUUAGUUUAUUUAAGUUUUUAUUAUACCUGUAUUUAUAUUCAUUUACUAAUGUUGAGUUGUAUUACAUGACUAAAAUACAAAGAGGUUGUCAUUUUGGUAAUGUGUAUUCUGUAUUGUAAUGCAUAUUACAGCAUGCAGCUUCAUGACCUAUAUACAAACAUCAAUAAAUCAUUUAUUGCCCUA